CAGCUUACUGCCUGGAAGGGUCUGGUGAGCCCCAUCGGCUUCUUUCUUGCUGGGAGGAAAUUGUCUCUACAUCAGUGAAACCUCAAAGGCCAGGAUGACCCUGUCUAAUUCCACAACUGUGAUGCCCUUUCUGACCACGAUGUGGCAGGAGACAGUUGAACAGAAUGGCAAUGCGUCUGGCCUGGCUCGCAGGUCUCCCCUCCGAGACGACAGCAAACUGGAGGCCCUCUACAUCCUCAUGGUGCUGGGCUUCUUCGGCUUUUUCACUCUGGGCAUCAUGCUGAGUUAUAUCCGCUCUAAGAAGCUGGAGCACUCACACGACCCGUUCAACGUGUACAUCGAGUCCGACGCCUGGCAGGAGAAGGACAAAGCAUUCUUCCAGGCCCGUGUCCUGGAGAGCUGCAGAGCUUGUUAUGUCAUUGAAAACCAGGUGGCUGUUGAACAGCCCACCACACACCUCCCUGAGCUGAAGCCUUCAUCAUGAACCCCCACAGCUAGUUAAGAGUAGACAAGCCGGGGCUGGAGAGAUGACUCAGUGGUUAAGAGCACUGACUUACAGAGGACCUGGGCUCGAUU